AUGGCAGUGCUGCGCAUUUUAUCGGCGCUGUCGUGCGUUUUGGCCGUGGCGUCGACGACCACUCUGGCUGACGAGGACUACGGCGGCGUUCCUUUGUGGAUCGACCGUUUUCUGGGCGAGCCCAGCGUGCUGAGCCUGCGGGGCCGUUUAGACGCGGCGUGGUACCGAGCCACCGGCCCGCGGGCCUGCCCUCGACAGUGUGACUGCCCCAUUCAGUGGCCCACGGCGCUAUACUGUGACCACAGAGGCCUGACAGAUGUCCCGGAAGUCCUACCUGCCGGAACACAGUACUUCUUUCUGCAGAACAACAACAUCUCAUCCCUGACUGCCUCAUUUUUGGCAAACGUCACCGGACUACACUGGCUCAUUCUGGACCGCAACCGUUUGAAAAGUGAAUAUUUGGAUCAGGGUAUCCUGCAAAACCAGACCCAAUUGUCUUAUCUUUUUGCCAACCACAACCACUUAAGCUCAAUUCCCAGCAAUCUGCCGGCCGGUCUCAAACAGCUCCGACUGGCCCAUAACCAAAUCGGCAGCAUCGGGAGCGGGACCCUCGAUAACCUGAAGAACCUGACUUUGCUGCUCCUGCAGGGAAACGUGUUGAAAACCAUCAAAGAGGGAGAGCUCGACGGUCUACUUCAUUUAAACUUGUUGGACCUCAGUGGGAAUUCCUUCUCAUCAGUCCCCAGACAUUUACCAAGAUCAGUGGAGCAGCUUUAUUUGUCCAAUAACUCCCUCUCGGUAAUUGAUGAAGACAGUUUCAUGGGAUUCAUCGACCUCAAAUACCUUCGUUUAAGCCACUGCCAACUGCAGAGUGGCAACACCCACGCCCAAGCCUUCAACCUCUCCAGUCUGGUGGAACUGGACCUUUCCCACAAUAGGUUUACGGUCAUCCCUAUGGUCCCCAGCACUCUCCAGCAUUUGUACCUAGAGGCCAAUGAGAUACAAGAGUUUAAUGUGAGCAGUUUCUGCAGAGAAGUGGGACCGCUCGCCUACUCCAGGUUGAAGAUUCUGCGACUGGACGGCAACAAGAUGUCUUACAGUCACCUCCCCUCUGACUGGCUUUUCUGUCUGAGAGUGAUUCAAAGUAUUUACAUUUGA